AUGGGAUGUACAGGGCUUUACAACCUGAGUGUCCCACUCGGUCCCAGGCUACGAGAUCUGCUGCGAUGGAUAUGGAUACACCUUUUUGAAAAGAAUGGUGAUAUGACGAGUUGUUUCGAUACGUUGUAUGUGAGAAGAAUGAGAAAAGAGGAGAAUCGUCGAAAGCUGCAAAAAGAUGAUCUCAUUGUUGGAAGUAUAUACUUACCGCGGCAAUGCUCUCCAUUUGUGCAUAUCUGCAGUGGUUGUGCGGUAGGGCCUAGGCUUGGCGAUGGCGGUGGCGGUGGCACUCGUGGUCAGCUCGCCGAUGAUAUCAUCAUUGAUGGUGGCAUUGAAAGCUACCUCCGUUAUAGAACAACACGAUUCUGA